AUGGUCCAGUACAUCUUCACGCCCUGGCGCGACCGCCGCGAACUCCUCGCCGUUCGCCGGCAGUUCUACCCGCAUCAGUACGAAACUCAGGCAGCACCACAACCACCACCACAAGAACUAUCGCAGCGAGGAGGGUCAGGAACAGCAGCAGCAUCAGGAUCAAAACGAAGCCGCGCAGCACAAACCACUAACACCCAACGCACCGCCACCACCACCACCCGCAAACGCACCCGAACCGAUGACGGCAAUGGCUCCUCAGCCAGCGGCGGCGGCACGCAACCCGAGGAUGAACAUGAAGGCCGACAAGCUCAAGCUCAAGACCAAAACCAAGACAGAGGAAGAGACCAACGCCGCCUAGCCGUCGCUCGCGUCUCCAUGUGGAUGCAACGCGGUAAUUGUCCGCACAUGGUUGAGUCGACGGCCUUGCUCAUGGCGGCGAUUUUGUCGGAUGAGGAGCAGACUGGUAUUGCUGGUUCUUCCUCGGGCACUUGCAGUUCCUGGACUUCGGGGAUGGGGAUGGGUAUGGGUAUGGGAAGGGUCGUGGAAGGGUUCAGGGUUGGUAAUGGGAUUGGAAGCGGCAAUGGGAUAGGAGUUAUGAGCUCUAGUUAUGCGGUUCGGGCGGCUUAUUCUGCUGCUUUUAGUCGCUUCGUAACAGGCCUCCUAGACUCCCAUCAAGAUAAACAGCGCAAAAUGUCCAUGUACGGCGUCGCCAAGAGCGUCGGGCUUCCCGCGACUUUUGUCGAGCUGAGGCACCAGGCUACGCACGAGCAGCUGCCGAGCUUGACGAGGCUGAGGACCGCGGCGAAGAAGGGGCUGGAGUGGAUUUGGGAGUAUUAUUGGAAGCAUUUGCCGGAGGUGGAGGAUGAGGAUGAGAAGAGGGUGAAGGGUGAGGAUGUGAUUAUGUUGGAUGAGGAGGAGGAGGAGGAGGGGAACGAGAAGGAUGAGGGUGGUAGUGGUGAGGAUGGAGGUGAUGAGGAUGAGGGACCGGCGUGGCGAUUGUAUAGUGAGGAUGAGUGGGUGCCUAAGCCUAUUGGUGCUGUUUGA